AUGGAAGACUUCAGAAAUAUUGCUGAUGAGACAUGUCCAAGCUUCUUGGGCCAUUCAUUAAAUAGCAGUGCAAGUGCCGUCUUUGGAAACGUUACUGUUUCCUCAAACCCUGGCUUACCUGUUGCAGCUUCAACUGUUGCUAGGAGUAAAACAAACUGUGACAACAGGCUUUCUGACAUCUGUGCAUCCUAUUUAGAAGGGAUGCAGUCACCUCCAUUAGGAUCUUCUCACAGUAAUCAGUCACUGCCUGAGCCAAUGGGGAGAUUUGCCCUCAGCUUUCCUGAUGACAUGGAAGCUGGUACAGAAGAUAAACAACCUCAGCCAGCUUCUGUUGGUUUGGAAGACUCCCACUCAAUAUGUGUAAAGCCAGAUCAGAGUGUCACUGAGCAGGCAAAUCGCAGUCAAGAUACCUUACUUGAGGUAUUGCCACUGGAACGAUUGGAAGAUUUGUCAACAGGAAUAUGUUUUCUUCCAGACAUUGAGAAUUACAAGAUUGGUCCACCUGAAGCUUCUGAAAAAUUGACAGAAAGGGAAAUCUCAAGUGAUCAUCUUAGCAAGAGCCUUUCAAGUUUUUUGGAGAAUGAGAAGCUCUCAUGUCUUACAAGUUCAGAAGAUGAUUCCACAGAUGAUGAUAUUGAUGAUGAAGACUUCUUUGAUAACCAGCUAGAAGCCUAUUUUGAGCAGCUGAUGCAACCAGAACUGAGAAGUGACGCCGACAUACAGAGACUCUCAGAGCGCUGCACAGCGCUGAAGCUUUCUGAGAAUGGCUUGCUUCAGGAGAGCUUUCAGGUUCCUGACAUGUACCAGGCUCUGACAGGAGUGGAAUCAGGAAAUGCUAGUGAUGAAGAUUCACAAAAUGAAGGGAUAACUGGAUGUCCUGCACAACAAAUGCAGCCUGGAGCAGUACAGCAGCUGCCUGCCUUUAUGGAAGAGGUGUUCCAGCCCUCUGAUGGUCUUCCUGAUGCCUACCUGUCUCCAACUCUGGACAGCUGUGAGGACACAAUUUUAGCUACAACAGACAAAGAUGAUUUACCACACAGUGUUGUCUAUCAAAAUGAAGAGGGCAAAUGGGUGACGGACCUUGCAUAUUAUACUUCUUUCAAUGAACCACAAGAUUUAAAGCUGUCUGAAGAUGAUAAAAUAGAUGAGUUCAUCACUGGAUCUGAAGCAGCAGCUAUGAUUGCACAAGACCAGGAAGAAUUUGAGAAAGCUCACAAACUCUUCCAGGCAAAAGUAGAUGUUCUGAAUGCAUCUGAAUUAGCAGAUACUUCGUGGAGAUCUGCUAAUAGCUGCGUUCUGAGAGCAUCUGAUCUUGAUAAGGAUGCCAGUUAUUUACGUUUGUCUCUGGGGGAGUUCUUUGGUCAGAGAUCUGAAGCUCUUGGUUGUCUUGGUGGAGGCAGUGAUGUGAAACGGCCGUCAUUUGGUUACUAUAUUACAUCUCCAGAGAAAAGGCAGCCUGUUGCUUUGCUAACACCAUCUAAUUCAUCAAGAGGUGACACUGGCCAAGAGACUUCACAACUGUCUGAGCUGUUUACAGAGGACUUAGAAGCACGAACAAAAGAACAUGCCAGUUCUGCCAGCUGUGAAGGUGCAUGGCAGAAGAUGGACACUGCAGCUGGAUUACAUAAAAGUAUGAAUACAGAAGCAGCUACCAGAAGUAAAGCUAAUGAUGGAAUCCAUAAAGGCAAGUUUGACGCUGGGCCAUUGAAUAAUUCUGACUCUGUCCUGAGUAUUAGCACGAUUGCAUCUGCCAUUGCCAAUGCUUCCUGCAGUGCUGACCCAUCCCAGCUAGCUGCUAUGAUGAUGACAUUAUCUAAUAAGAAUGUAAGAAGGUGUCUUUCUCCUGGAAUUGCUGAAGAGACAGAACUUUCUGCUCGUCGGGUGUUGUCCAGCAAUGUGGAAAAUAGUGUGUUUGAUGUGGAGAAAUACCUCCAAAAAUCAGAUGAGAUUGGACAUGAAAGUGAAUGUGAGAGUAUUGUGAAGCAUGAAGCAUCUAUCCAGAACCUUGUGCCUCAUUCCUUUUUACUGGGUGAAGGUAGAAGUAAGGAUAGUCUUGCAGAAGGCUUGAUAAAUAAUCAUAGCAGGCAGCAAGAGACAGAGAAGCAAUGUGAGGAUACUCAGAAUUUCUCUCGUCUAUUUGGUGCUCCCAGCAGUGGCAGUGUAACUACAACUAGUGCUAAAUAUUCAGAAAGGGCAUCAGACUUGGUAAAUAGCAAAGAUUCUCAGGCAAUGAAUGCUGAUCUUAAAUCAGGUAGGCUCAAUACCCAAGCCUCACCUCCUGGAAAUGGAGCACAGACAACACGUGGAAAUCCUUCAGCAGCAAAAAUGGGUGCGUCACAGGGAAGUCCACUUGCUUCCCAGACCAACAACCUCACUAGCAAGUGUGUCAGGGAAGACGCAGGAACAGCAGAUCAAGCAAGAAAUGCUGCUCCUGAACCAUGUAAUGAUUUGGGGAGCAAUGAUAAAAAACAAAAUGCAAAGUUAGAGGACAGGAAAAAAGAUGCCAGUGCUGCAUAUGGUGGGAAGGCAAAACAUGUAACUUUUGAGAAGCUCUCCCCAACUUCUGAGAACAGUACUGAGCAUAAAGGUGAAUGUGACUUGCAGCCUCUGGAAGAUGAGCAGUACAGCUUCAGACCUUCAACUUCACCACUCACUCACUCUUCCCCUAGUGACACUUCUGCAACAGCAUUCUCAGGGUCUGAAGCUGAAUUUACUUCUGUGCCAUAUUAUCAGGAAUCUUCUUGCAAAGAGAGUAUUCUAACCCAGUCAGUUUACUCGAGUCCUACCAUGAGCAGGUUGACCUAUGUUUCUGAAUCUGACAGUACCCUCAAGGACUCAGCUGCAAUAGAUAAUUCAGAGACAUACUGGAAUGAAAGUGCUUCUGAACUGAGCACGACAAUCAUUCGAGCCAGCCCAACUCCUUCACAGGAACACGUAGCUGAAAAUCUGGAACACUCCUGUCAAAGGAGUAGAAAAGAAGCACUGCCUACUGUUGACCAGAAACCAGCGGAAUAUCAGCUUGUAGGUCUUCAACGAAAACUUGAUCUAACGGAUCAGGAGCCAUCCAAAGAAGGUUUUCUCAAGAAUGACGAGCGUUUUGCAUCUACUUGUGCAAGUGUAGCAGCAAACCAUAAAGAGCCAGACCAUCCCAAAUCAGCUGUACCAGGUCAACACUGCAUCUCUCAGCCAUAUUCUGUUAAUAUUGAUGGCCAAGAGGCAUGGCAGGAUCAAGCAAGCAAAGCACAGAGACAAGGAUUGCCAUCCUUGAAUAUAUUGCCCAUAUAUCCUGGGUUAAGCACCUAUAUGCCAUUCAAUCAGAACUCAGCUGGUGACCAGUAUGUUCUUAUUUCAAGCUUGAAAUCCCAUGUCACCACCUCAGAGAGUCAAGCAAUUCGUUCUUCUGUUCCCACAUUGGUUACAGGAUGUUCUCUUGCUAUGACUCCAAUUGCACAGCAGCACCUGGGAAAUAGACCAGCUUCUAGAAGUACAGUUUUGUCUCAGUUUCAUGGCUCUAUAGGUUUUGGUGUUCCAGCAGGACUUCUUUGUUCCAGUAUCCCACCAGGACAUGUUGAGAAUCCACUGAUGGUAGGAAGUCCUUUAUGUUCCCAUAUUGGUCCUGGCUCUUUGGGUGCACCUUCACUUUGCAAUCCAUACUCUACUUCCAGAAACAGGAAUAUCUUAAACAUAAAUUCAUAUCCUGUACAACCUCUUCCAGCUAGCAGAAGCGAGUGGGAGUUGUCAAACUCACCUGGUAUUGGUCACAUAAAAGUACCAGAAGAAUUGAAGUUCCCUGAUGCCUGUUGUGUGGGAAUUGCAUCAGAGACGGUUCUUAGCAUUUCUAAUCCAACUAAGCAGUGGUCGCAGGUCAGCAUUGGAGUACUCAGUGUUUCGGUUAAUGGGCAAAAGAUGAAUCCUGUGAAGUAUCAAUGCCUGGUUUUCAAGAACAAAGCCAUCAUAGGACCCUGUUCUACCCAUGAUGUGAAAAUACUUUUUUUGCCUUGUCAUCCAGGGGUCUUUCAAUGUGUUCUCAAUGUUUCCUCCUGGCCCGUUUCUUCAGAUAAGACAAUUGUUCGGGCUAGUAGGGUAGUUCUGACAGCAGUUGCUGAAAAUCCUGAUUUAGAAGUGCAAGCAGGUCAAGGAGGUAUUCUGGAUUUUGGUGAUUUGACUUUUGGCACCUGGAAGGCUCUGCCACUAGAAGUGGUCAACAAAACCCAUGCUUUUGUGCCUCUUCGACUUGUCAUUAAUGCAGAUGCAGAAGCUUUGAGUUGCUUCACAUUUUCCAGGGAACCAGUUAGUCCUUCCAAUGAGCAAUCACUCCAGGCAGAUGCCCUUUCUCAGACAGCAGCUCCACCAGUUGUAAAUCAUGUGAUACAUGCAAGCUACGAUGGGCAGGAUCCUGAAGCUUUAAGAGUUUGGGUUCUAUUCCAUGCACCUGAGAAACAAAGUUUUUGUUCAGAUUCCUUGGGUCCAGCAGAUGUGUUCUCAGCAAGUGUUGAUGUGGAACUGGAUAGUCCAGGACCCAGCAGUGUGAUUAAAAGUAUCCCUCUCCAAGCAAGAGCUGGAACAGCCAAGAUACAAGUUCCAAGUACCUUAAAGACAAUGCAUUUGUCUGCUAGGGUGGGUUCUACAGCCAAACAGCGGCUGCCCUUGAAAAAUGCUGGAAACAUUGGUGUACAUUUGAAAACUAAGAUAUCAGAUAAGGACACUUGUUUUAGUGUUCUACCUGAGAUUCUUUUCCUUAUUCCUGGAGAAGAGCAAGAAUUGAUUGUCCUGUUUGUUCCAAAUAAUGUCAGGACUACAGAAAGUUCUUUGGAAGUUCUUGUGCUGCCCUCUGGACCUCAGUAUGAAGUGGUGUUGAAAGGUGAGGUGGUGUCUGAGGGAAACAGACGUGCUCCUGAAGCUGUUGGUGACUCCUUGAACAUCCCACCCAUUCUCUCCAACAAGCAGUUCGUUGCCUGGGGAGGAGUACCCCUUGGAGCAUCAGUCCAGCGGAAGUUAACUUUAAGAAAUGACUCUCCAUCUGUGACCCAGCAUUUAAGGCUCUUGAUAAGAGGCCGGGAUCAAGACUGCUUUCAGCUGCAGAGUAUAUUUGGAUCCGAAGAGCGCUCAACUAUUAAUUGGGAACUCAAAAUUCGUCCCAAAGAAGAUGCUGACAUAUAUUUGAUGUUUAGACCUACUCGGGCAACUUGCUGCUUUGCCAAGCUAGAAAUCAAACAGUUGGGGAUUCGGUCACAGCCAGGAAUUAAGUUUACUAUACCAUUAUCUGGAUAUGGAGGAACAAGCAAUUUAAUUUUAGAAAAUGUUAAGAAACUGCCUGGUAACUACUUGAUAGAACUGAAGGUAUUACCACCUUCAACAUCAAAGAGAGCUACUUUGCACAUAAGAAACACAGGUUCUCGGGCUGCUUAUGUUAAAGCAGUGUGCCUUGAAAACCUAGGGGCAGGAGGAGUUAUAGAUCCUCAGGUAUUGAUGGUAUCUCCAGAGAAGUUCGUGGUAAAAGAAGGAACACAUGAAGUGAUUACCAUAACAUGGAAUCCAAUGGAAAUGAACUUCCAAAAAUCAACCAUGUUGUUAGCAGCAGUGUGGUUUUUUUGGGGAGAUGAAGUUUCUAGGCAGCAGUAUUGUAGAUCUAGAAAUUGUGAAUCUGAGAUAGAAACCUACAUAAUUUCAGAAGAUAGCAUAUUGAGAAACAUUGCAUUUGAUGGAGAAUUUCAAGGGGAGCAACUUGUGACAGAAGUGUGUGAUAUUCCCCGGAAUGCAAACCACGCCCGUCUUUUCUACACGAACAUGCGCACCAUCUCCCUUCUUGUGUGGGGAUAUUGCUUGCCUGAACUGGAAUUGCUUCGGCGGCCUGCUGGAUGUCCCGUGGAGGUGGACAGUUUUGAGAACUCUGUCAAACGUAUCAGUGCAAGUCUGGGCAUUCUUCCUGUUAAAGGACCUCAGAUUCUUCCACUACCUAUGAAAACUGAUGAAAUGGUUCAGAAUAAGUCAGACGCUCAACAGCCUUGGACUGUUGAACCUGAGUGCUUGACUUUGACAUCUCCUUCUAUUAGUGGAACAACAGAUACUGGACAUGUACAAAUUGUCAACAACUCUAACAGGACGCUGGCGUUUGAGCUUACGUGGCCAGUUCACUGUCUUACUGUAACCCCACAGCACGGAGUUGUUGAACCAGAGAGCAGUACACAAAUUUUGGUCAGUCCUAAUCCAUCACUUGCCACAAAGUCUUCAUUAAUUCCUUGGAGUGGCUUAAUCUUCAUCCGUUGUGGUAAUGGACAAAAGUCUGUCAAAGUGCAGAUUCGUGAGGCAGUUGCAGGGAGUGUGCCUGGAACAGACUCUCCAUUUAGAAGCUGGGAGUUAUUUGGUCUACAGUCUGCGAGCUCUGCUGCUUGUGUGGCAAAGCCUGUCUCAGUGCUCGUGCACCCACAAAUGGAAGUACAGAUAAAGAACACAACUGUUUCUUUUCCUAGGACAAAACCUGGCCUCAGAUCAGGGACUUUACUGGAAAUGGUGAACAAAGGGGAUAAAGAUGUGAAGUGGAGUUUGUCAUUGCUUACACCACCCUAUGUCAGAGAUGUGGACAGAAGUGGUGGUUUCCGUAGGGCUACUUCCUCCGUUUUCACAUGUUCCCCUGUAUCUGGUAUUCUUGAAGCUCACAGAGAAGAGACGGUUGCUGUAAUCUUUUCACCUAAAGAUCAAGGGGAAUGCGUCGAGUUCUGGAACUUUGAGUGCCACCCAGUUGAAACACCUUGUUACAGACACACAAUAAAACUUCUUUUUUCUGGAAUAGGCUUUGAAGAAGAAAUUGAAGCUACAACUCUGGAAGCUUCUGCAAGUGUCACCCUUCGGCCAGAGCUUCCAGCUGCAGCAGAAACAAAGGUUUACUCCGAAGCACACAGUUUCGAAGCUGGACAGAAUGAGUUAUUUCGAGGAGUCUAUGCCCCCAAAAAGGUCUACGUUUUUCCUGAAACAAGAGUUGGGAAAUCAUGCACCUUGAAAGUGAACCUGAGGAAUCAUUCCUUUGCAACACAUCUGCUGAAAUUUAUAUGUCCCAGAGAGCCUUUCUACAUCAAGCACUUGAAAUACACUCUAAGAUCCCAUCAUUACAUCCACGUGCCAGUCCAGUUCAAGCCCAAGGAAGAAGGAGAAUUUACAGGCCUCUUUCUUGUGCUGUUGACCAAGGGUGCCUCAAUUACUAUUCGACUGUAUGGUAGAGCUAUUGCAAACUUUUUAAAAUAG